ACAGGCGGGGUUGCGGGGUUACCGGGUUACCGGGUUACGGGGUUACAUUGUUUCUCUGCGGCACUUCCUUGUUGCAGUGAAUGGCGACCUGUCUGGCGCUCCCCUUGAACUGAGCUGUGCCGAGAGCUCCUCUCCCUCCCGCAGCCGCGCGGGACUCUGCUCACAGCCAUGGAGACUCCCCUGGACGUCCUGUCCCGAGCAGCCUCCCUACUCCACGCCGAUGACCAGAGAGGUCUGAAGUGGACGUCGGGAUCCAGUGCGCUGAUGUGUGUGGAGCAUUCCUUACUGUGUCCAGGUGUCGGGGAGGCCACACUGAGAGCCGAGGGACGGAUGCAGACAAUGCCGGUGACGUCCGUCCUCUCCAACCACCGCACGGGCCCCCCCCCCAUCAGCCCCACCAAGAGGAAGUACAGCAGCGAGGAGCCCGAGCCCUACCCCCCCAGCGAUAGCGAGCAUUCCAACAAGGCCAGCCGCGGCUUCAUCACACCUGUGAACAAACCUGCCAACGGUGAUUACCGUAAGGAUCAGCAUCGGGAGCGAAGCCGGAGUCCAAUCGAGCGUCCAGUUGGGGCCAUGAACCAUCUCGGUGGCCACAGCUACCCCGGCCUCGGUCUGCCCCUGGACCAGCCACUCGCGCUGACCAAAAACAGCAUCGGCAUCGAUCGUCAGCAGAACCGGCCUUCAGUGAUUACCUGUGCCUCGGCUAACAACCGGAAUUGUAACCUGUCUCACUGCCCCAUCGCUCACAGUGGCUGUGUGCCUGCUCUGCCCCUCAACUACCGCAGGACCUCCAACCCCUCUCUGGCCAGCGCUACAGCCUGUGACCCGGUUGUGGAGGAGCAUUUCCGCCGGAGCCUGGGAGAGAAAUACAAACAGCCGGAGCCAGCCGCCAACUCCGUCUCCAUCACCGGCUCCGUGGACGACCACUUUGCCAAAGCGCUGGGCGAGAAGUGGCUGCAGAUCAAAGCCGCAAAGGACGGGGUGUGUGCGGGCGGGGAGGGGGUCUCGCGGAGGGGCCAGUCCCCCCCAGCCUCCCACAUGGUCACCCACAAUCACUCCCCCUCCGUCGUCUCGUGAACGCAGGGCAGGGCCCGCCCGCACGCGCGCGCGCACACUGCUCGCUCCCGAGUGAAUGCAUGGUUUGACUGAGCGGGAACACUGCAGAAAGAGUGGGGGGGGGGAGGGCGGAGAAUUUUUUUUAUAUAUAUUAUAAAUAUAUAAAUAACUUGUGUAUUUGCUUAGCGUUUGCGGAGGGGCUGCCCCUGGGGAGAGACAAUAGCAGGAACUAUUCACACAAACGCUGGGUUUGGCCUGAUAUCCCUCCUUCUUGGCUCUGUUACCAAAGAAACCUCUUCCAAGUAAAUGUGCCCCCCACACCCUCACCCAAAAAAACACAAGCCAUGCUGCGAUUGAUUGACCCAGACACUCGGCCUCUCUGACCCAUUGCCUUGCUUUUCCUGUUGCCUUUUUGGGGGCUUGUUUAUACUUGAAAGGAAGCAUGCGGCUGAUUUGCACUAGUGUGGAGCACGAGGGGAGUGGGGGGUGCGGGAAGGGGCAAAGCCUCGGGAAGGCAAAGCCUUGUGUGGUCACCAGUCUGUCUCCAGUUUUAGGCCACGAUUCAGUCCUCGGGCUCUGGCCACAAAGUGAUGGAGUGUAAAAGGACGCAGCUUUUCCCCCCCAAACCCACGCCUGUCAGCAGCCGUUAGUUAUCGUGGGGACGAGACCCAAAGCUCCAUAUUAAAAGAAGCUGCAUGAGGUGUCUGUUGAGAUAGCUGGUGUCUCGAGCGCAAUAGGCUCAUGGCACACACUGCCCUGGAGAAGUGGAGCUUGUUUUCUGCAAUUACAGUUACAGCGUGAGUGAGAGAGAGAGAAACUGAGCGAGAGAGCGAGAAUGAGCAGGAGAGAGUGAAUGAGUGAGAGAGCGAACUAGCGAGUGGAGACGAGAGAGAAGGCGAAUGAGAGAGGGGUCGAGCGAGAG